AUGUUGGUGGCUUUGGACGAGAGUGAGCAUAGCUUCUAUGCUCUGGAGUGGACGCUGAACCAUUUUUUUGCUCCUAACGUGGGCCAUUCUUUCAAGCUCCAUGUCAUUCACGCCAGACCUUCGCCGGCUUCUUUGCUCGGAAUGGGUGAAAUUGGAUCUGGAGAAUUUGUGACUCUUAUGGAGACAGAUUUGAAAAGGACAGCGACUUGGACGAUUGAAAAGGCCAAGGCCAUGUGCAGCGAUAAAUCGGUUGAUGAUGUGUCCAUGGAAAUAGUUGAAGGAGAUCCCAGGAAUGUUCUUUGCGAUGCUGUAGACAGACACCACGCAACAAUUCUGGUAGUGGGUAGUCAUGGUUAUGGGUUAGUGAAAAGGGCGGUUCUAGGCAGCAUAAGUGACUAUUGUGCUCACCAUGCUCACUGUACUGUGAUGAUUGUUAAGAGGCCCAAGCUUAAGCACUGA